AUGCACCUUGGAGUCCAGCCUCUGGUGGCGCAGCAUGUGUCACCGUCACCUGCGGCGUUCACACUGCGACUGCGCAACACGUGGGCUACAGGCUGUUCCAAUGGUCGAUACACAUCUUACUUGUGGACAAAUGCUGGAGGAUUCUCUAACAGUUGGGCAGAAAUUUACGACAUUUCAAAGCUAGAGGGUAUUUCCCACACCGUCGAGCACUCAUGCGGCUGCGAAAAGGCUCUCGACGUCGACCACGUGAACCUUGGAGUCACGCCUGAACUCGGAAGAAGAAAACCUAAAGAAAUGGCACAUUCGAAAGGAGUUGGAGGUACCGUUCAUGAUGCUGCUAUUGACAUCGUUGCUGGCUCACUUGCGGCCGUUGCCCUUGUGUAUGUUGGUCAACCAUUUGACACGCUCAAGGUGAAAAUGCAAACCUUUCCCGAAAAGUACAUUGGAACAUGGAAUUGUUUCAAGGAAACUAUGGCAAAAGAAGGUAUUCGAGGUCUAUAUGCAGGAACUGUUUCUGCUAUUGCUGCAAAUGUGGCUGAAAAUGCAGUAUUAUUUUCUGGCUAUGGUUUAUGCCAGAAAGGUAUAGGUUGGGCCAUUAACCAAAAGCCAGAAGAACUAGGAGUGAUAGCAAAUGCAACUGCAGGAUCUGCAGCAUCAUUCUUUUCAUCUUUCACUCUGUGUCCUCCAGAGCUAAUAAAAUGUCGUGCCCAAGCACUCCGGGAAAUAUGGGAACGUGAUCAACCAAAAGGGCAACUGAAAGGACAAUUCCAUGUAAGUCCCAUGGUCCUAGUACGCCAAAUUAUAAAGGAAGAUGGACCUACGGGCUUGUUUCGAGGUCUUGUGUCCACUCUGGUACGAGAAGUGCCAGGCUAUUUCUUUUUCUUUGGAGGCUACGAAUUGACUCGUGAAUUACUUGCUCCUCCAGGGGUUGAGAAAAAGGAUAUUGGUGCGCUGCGUACGAUGGCUGCUGGUGCUGUUGGAGGUUCUGUGUUUUGGUUGGUUAUGUUUCCAAUUGAUGUUGUUAAGUCUCGUAUCCAAGUGGAUGGCGUAAGAGAUCCAAUGUUUCAGUUGCUUGUGAAAAUUGGGAGGGAAGAAGGUUUCCGAGCUUUGUAUAAUGGACUGACACCUACACUUAUUCGCACAGUGCCUGCAUGUGCUACCCUGUUCCUUGUUUAUGAAUACAGUAAGCAGUUCCUUCAUUCAAUAUUUGAACCCUGAUAUAUUUUAUUAUUAUCAUUCAUACAGAAAGCUUUACCCAACAUUGCAUGUUUUUAUAUGGUACAUUUUGUGAAUCUCUUGUUUAUUAUCAUGAAGUUUUAAUAAUAUACUAUUUUCUGUUACUUCUGUUGAAUCAUUGUGAAUCUUUUGUAAGUAAUAAAUAUACACUAAGUUAAUGUAAAUAAAAUAAUUCUUUUUAGAAAAUGUUUCA